GUCAACAUAACAACAGUAGUAGACGCUCCAAAUUUGAAAUGGCUGAAAAUACUAAAAAGCGUCAUAAUGGAUCUCGAGAAACAUAAACAAGUGGACAGAAGCACCAGUCAAGGAAAAUCAGGCUUUGGGUAUUUUUUAAACAGCCCAGGUGGCGAUUAAAAACCAGCGUGGGUUUUUUUCCCAUGGAUUUCGCCGAAGGAGACAUGGGUAUAGCUGGGAGUUCAAGCAAGAAACUGUCCAAUAUAUCCGUUUCAGCACCCAAAGGUGUUCCUAGUAAGAUCAAAAUCGUGAAUAUUGAUACUAGAAUCGAUAAUGAAGCAACCCAGAUCGACGAGAAUUCUCCGGCUGUUCUGAAGUACAGAACACCAAAUUUCAGGGCAAGUGCAAAGAUUGAGAUGGCACCGCUGUCCCACGCUGAGACGUGGAAGAUUGGCUGGAUCCAGGCCUGUACAGACAUGCUCUUCCACAACCAGUACGGCGAGGAGGGACACACAAGCUGGGAGUUUCCCGAGCUGACAAGCGGCAAGCAGCUGAUGAUCAGCGACUGUGAUGGUCGACACUACCCAUGGUACGGCUCCCGCAACGAGACCGCCAUAAUCAAAGGGCCAUGCAAGUCUUUCCAGACUGCCACUAUCACCAUGAACGACAACUUCCACCCUCACGUUACGUGGCGUAACCCUGCCAACCGCCACCAGGUGGAGCCAAACCUCACCCACAUCAUGCGUGAUCAGAGCUUCUAUGUGUGGCUGGUUGCCUGGAACCAGACGGCCAGCAAGUCGUACAUCCUCUCCACCAUCAGAUGGGGCAUGCACCUGGAGAUCGAUGUCAAACCUCACUGCGAUCUGGGCAAGAGGGCGCGGCUCAUAAGCAACCCCAUUGCCAAACAGCCACAGAUCCUGGACAAGAAUGUGCCCAUACCCCGCUGUGCUCUGGUGCCCCCAAACGCCAACAGUGCGCAGAUGUUGGUCUGGAGGCCAGUACGGGGCAAGCCAGUGUGCAUAAUUCCUCCAGUUUGGUCGCCAGACGACCCCGUGGUCAAGUGUGACAGCAAACUUUAGUGGACACUGGAGGAUUUUCUUCGUGAAUUAUCAAUCACAGCUGUGUGAUAUACUUUUUUAUUUGUGAUUGACCCAGUGUGCAUGAACAGGUUUUGUUUUUCAUUCAUACAUUCUGCAUGAUAUUAAUGAGAUUAAUUCAGCCAUAAAUUGAACAGAGGCUGAUUUUAAUUGUAUAUUGUGUUAAAUGUGGAGGAAUUUGUUGAAAGGUAGUGUUAGCACCAGCUGAGACCAUACACCAGUACACAGUGUCUGGUAUCUGAAAAUCGUAUUCAUCGGGUUAAAGAGGUUUUUAAAACACUAAUGCCUGAACAGUUUUCACUUAGUCUCUGUGGAACUAUUUGUUCAGCUCAUAAAGAUUUUUAUGUGCCAGACAAAACAGGUAUUGAACAUGAAUGAGAUAGUUUAGUGGAAUAAUAUGCUCAGUCUUUACAAAAGCAUCCCCUUAACUAACUUUUUAUCCACUGUACAUUGGA